AUGUUUUCAACUGUGUCUUUUGUGGAAUUUGUUGCGCUGGAGCUCCCGAUGCUUUAUUCUUCGGCCAUCCGCAAAGGUGUCCCUGUUUUUGAGCAUGAAGAUGUAGUAAAGGCAUGGAGUGGACGUCGUUCUUCUGGAAAGCUUCCAAUGUUGUAUUCAUCGCCAAACUGCAAAGGCAUCCUUGUUUUUGAGCAUGAAGAUGUGUUUGCGUCCAGGACGCUACGUUGUUCUUCGGGAAGGAUCGCCCGUCGUCUUGCCCUAGCAGCUUUGCUGGAGGAAUCUGCAAAACUCACUGUGAUUAGAGUUUGGGUGGUUUGGAGGUUGUCGCGCUGUCGUCUUCUGCUUGCUUUCACAGACCUCGAUCCUGGGACGUCACUGGUAGAGUUGCUGUACAUAGCCUUGAAUUGCUGUGUUGAUGAUGAUCAUCAAAGUGUUUUAUUCAUGCCGGAGAAUAUGGGUCAGAUGGUCAACAUUUUUAAGGAUAUUGAAUGUAGUUACUAUGUUUUAAGCAGGAAUGAUGAUAGCCUCCAUGUGUUAAUCAUGUUUCCUAUACGUCUGCAUUUGUCGUGA